GAUGACAUUUAAACCAAGUCCUCGUUUUCAGAGUCCCUCUGUUUCGGUAUAGAGGGAAGGCCAGGAUGAAGCGAAUGAAUCUCUGCAUAUUCAACCACUUGAAACUCAAGGUCCUUGUUUUUAGAGUCUCUCAAUUUUGGUAUAGAUGGAAGGCUAGGAUGAAGCGAAUGAAGGUGGCCAUGCAGAGAUUAUCAGAGGAGGAGUCCUUGCCUUCAUACGAUGAUAUUCAACCACUUGAAACUCAAGGGCAUUUUUUCGUUUUCCUUUUUAGUUUUGCUGGCUUCUUCAUUUACUCAACUCAUCGUCAAUCUCUGUCUCCUUGGGAUGUGGGCAUUUUUUCGUUUUCCUUUUUAGUUUUGCUGGCUUCUUCAUUUACUCAACUCAUCGUCAAUCUCUGUCUCCUUGGGAUGUGGGUAUUUUUUCAUUUUCCUUUUUAGUUUUGCUGGCUUCUUCAUUUACUCAACUCAUCGUCAAUCUCUGUCUCCUUGGGAUGUGGAAGUAGGCUUCGGGGGCUAGUCCUUGGUUAAAGUGGUCGCAUACUCCCUCUCUGAGGU